AUUACACUAGUAGCUCAUACCAUUAGUAUCUGUUAUGUAGAGGGGCUUAAAAGUAGUAUUAGGAGUGAGUCAUAUAAAACUAACUGUCCUAAGUUAUAUACUGGCUAUUAUAAGACUUUGAUAAGUACUCAUUUAAUUUUUUAAAAAAUAUUUUGUUGUUAUUUUGUUAACAUGUUGCUAUCGCCUUUAAUAACUAUAGUAUUAGUGUAUAUAUAUUAUAAUGCUUUGGCACUUGCAGAGGUGCUUAUUGUCGAAAUCGAAAGUGGGUUUAUUUUAGGUAAAGUGAAAUAUACAAGGUUAGGGAGAACAGUGUUCGGUUUCGAAGGAAUACCUUAUGCCACUCCUCCAGUUGGACCCUUAAGAUUUCAAGAAGCUCAACCGGUAAAACCGUGGUUAGGAGUGUGGAAUGCAACGGAACCAGGCAGUAAAUGCAUUCAGUAUGAUCAUGGAACGUAUGUGAUCCAAGGCGAAGAAGACUGUUUGUAUGUGAACGUUUACACGCCUAAACUGCCCGGUAAAGACAAUCCACAAAACAGAUCACUCGAUGUUUUAGUGUUUAUUCAUGGUGGUGCUUUUAUGUUCCUCGAAGGUUCAGGCUAUCAACCCGACUUCAUUUUGGAUAAAGACAUAAUACUUGUUACAUUCAAUUAUAGAUUAGGAGCUAUAGGUUUUUUCAGUACUGGAGAUCAUGUUGUGUCUGGAAAUAAUGGCCUUAAAGAUCAAGUACAAGCCUUGAAAUGGGUAAAUAGAAAUAUAAGAUAUUUUGGAGGCGAUCCGGAUAAAGUUACAAUCAGCGGGAUGUCAGCAGGAGGUGCCAGCGUUAAUUAUCAUAUGUUGUCGCCAAUGUCAAAAGGUUUAUUCCAAAAAGUAUUUUCACAAAGUGGAACUGCUCUUUGUCCUUGGACAGUUACUGAAAAUGUUCCAGAAAAAUCAGCAACGAUUGGGGCUUAUUUGGGUUGUCCAACCAAUCUUUCAACAGAUCUAGUUGCUUGUCUAAGCACUAGACCAGCAAAGAAGAUAGUGGAGGCAGCCAAGCUUUUCAUGCCAUUCAAGUUUAAUCCAUAUUCACCAUUUGGACCUAUUAUUGAGUCACCAGAUAGUUUAACACCAUUCAUCACUGAACAUCCAUAUAGAAUUUUAGCUAAAGGAGAAGGAGCUAAUGUACCUUGGUUGGCUAGUUUUACAACUCAUGAAGGCCUUUAUCCAGGAUCUGAAUUCAUCAACGACGAUAACCUUUUAAAGUAUAUAGAUGAACAUUGGAACGAAGUGAUUCCACAUAUACUUGAUUAUAAUAACACAAUACCCCAUUCAAGAUUAAAUGAAGUGUCACAAAGAAUACGGAAAGAAUACAUGGGUGACAAACCACUAGUAAAAGGAGAUACAACUGAGUUUAUCAAGAUGAUUGGUGAUCGAUUGUUUGUGGCGGAUAUAGUGAAGGCCGCUAGAAUUCAAGCUCAAUCUGUCAGUUCCCCUGUAUACAUGUACCAAUUUGGUUAUCGAGGCCACCAUAGCCUUACAGAGAUUUUUGCUAAAUCUACAGAAAACUAUGGAGCAAGUCAUGCAGAUGAUACGGCAUAUGCGUUACGCAAUAUUUAUACAAAUGUCGAAGAUACUGAACAAGAUAAAUCUUUGGUACCAACUAUGGUCGAAAUUUGGACAUCUUUCGCAAUAAAUGGGGUACCUACUACUGGUGACAUAUCUAUUGACUGGAAACCACUGAGUAAAGAAGCAAAUAUAACUGCUGUGCCAUUUUUAAAAAUUGCCUCACCGGAUGACAUAUAUAUGAAAGCCGCAGAAGAUUUGGGUAAAUUGAGGUUUUGGGAUUCAUUGGAGUUCAACGAAAAUGAACGUUACAGUUUGUACAAAAAUCACAUAGGAUGCAAAUCUGGGGAAACCUGCUAUACAAUUUCGUAAUCUUAGGAUCAUUAUGAUAAUAUUUUAAAUUAUUUGAGUUAUAGAAAAUUAAUUUUAAAUUUCUCAUUUUUAUUUAUGUUAUUUUGUUCUAUGCAUUAUCUUUGUUAUAUUGUACGCCCCAUAUUAUAUGAGCCUAUAGCUUUAAAAUAUAUUGUUAUUUCCGUAAUGAAAUUAAAAAUUAAAUUUAUGAAUUCUUUAAAGAAAAUAUAAAUUUCUUUAUAAUUAAAGAAAAAUAAACAUUACAAGGAAAAAAUGUCUCAAAUUUAUACACUUAUAAAUUAAACGUUUAAAUUUAA